AUGAAGCCGGCACGAAUCGUUGAAGGUCCGCAGGACACAAAAUCAAUACAUGGCGAAGACGUCGUCUUAUUUUGCCGGGCCUCCGGCAACCCUGAACCUCAGGUGACCUUCCUCUGGAACUCCCAGGAGGUUGGCGCAUCCACAGGAGACACCGGACUUGGGCUGCCCUCCUCAUCGCCGUCAUUAACAACUGGUAUUGUGGUGCGCACGUUGCCCCAGGGUGACGGCCUAACUCUCCGAGCGAAAUUGCAAAUGUCCAACAACGGAGACACCAUUACCUGCCGCGUCUACAAUCAGUUUGGGACGGACACCGCCAAAGCCAGGAUAACAGUCUAUGAUGCAAAUGAACCACCGCCAAAAGGCCUACCAAAGAUUUUGGAGAAUCCAACAACCACAAUUGGCCAAGUUGGGGAUUCGACGCAUCUUCAGUGCGAGGUAUCGGCCACACCGUCUGCAUCGGUGGUCUGGAUUAAGGACACCUUCUUUCCAAUUGACCUCUCUGACUCCCGAUUUCGAAUCGUUGGCAUUGAGUUUCCUCCUGCUAUAAAGGAGAUUCCUUUGCAGGUGUUCGUUUCGCCAGGAAAAGGCGUGAAUCUCACCUGCAAGGCCAGUGGCUUUCCCCUCCCCCUGGUGUGGUGGGCGACGGCCGGGUCGACGCCCCUAAUACCCCCAGCAGGGGUUCCGGGGAGAUUCCACGCGGCCCCGUCCAUCCAUUAUUAUACGGAGCGGGCUCUGACGGAACCGCAGCAGCAACAGGCGACUCUUCGACUAACUGAUAUCACGGACCAACUUACCUACAUCUGCGUGGCAAAGAAUAGUCUUGGGAUUGUGAGAAGAAAUAUCAGCGUGAUUGUCAAACACUUGCCUGAUCCUCCCACGUGGAUUGACGUUCGUCCCGUUGGAGGAACCUAUGCUACCUUGCAUUGGAAGGCCCACAAUGUCAGCGAGAUCGAAUCCUACACACUCACAGUUGAACCCAAAGAGAAACACCUCGGCCCCUCACUCGACCCUCGCAGACACGUGACAGACAUUUUUGCCAAGGACUUCAACACGAUUCGAGAGGAAGACAGCCAAAAUGUAGCGUACAACAUCACCGACUUGUCACCGUACACAGCCUACAAGGCCACGGUUCGGGCGGUUAACAAGAAAGUGGGACUUUCGUUGCCUAGUAACGAGAUGGAGUUUCAGACUGCAGAAAUUCUCUACUAUCAUUAG